UUUAACUGUGCCAUUUGAUCUUUAUUAGUAAACAAAUCAAUAUUCCGGUAACAGAAAUUUUUUCCCAUAAAAUUGCAGCAAAUGUUUUGAAAAAAACCUUAUCAAAUCUGAUAUAACUACACAAAUACUUCCAUUAUAAUCGCUGAUUACUCACUGAUCAGUUUUUACUUUUGUAUUUGGUGGUCAAUCAUGCUUUACUUAAUUGGUUUGGGUUUGGGUGACGCAAAAGAUAUCACUGUAAAAGGAUUGGAAAUUGUUAAAAAUGCCAAAAGAGUAUAUCUAGAAGCUUAUACUUCGAUGUUAACAGUAGGAAAAGAAAAACUUGAGGAAUUUUAUGAAAAACCAAUAAUAAUUGCUGACAGAGAAAUGGUUGAGCAAGAUUCUGAUUCAAUUCUAUCAAAUGCUAUUGAAGAAGAUAUUGCAUUUUUAGUUGUUGGUGAUCCUUUUGGAGCUACUACUCAUUCUGAUAUGAUUUUGAGAGCAGUUCAAAAAAGAAUUCCAUAUAAAGUUGUUCAUAAUGCUUCUAUUAUGAAUGCCAUUGGAUGUUGUGGCUUACAGCUGUACAGGUUUGGUGAAGCUAUAUCCAUUGUGUUUUGGACUGAUUCCUGGAAACCUGAAAGUUUUUAUGAUAAGAUUAAGAUUAAUAGAAGUAAUGGAUUGCACACACUAUGUUUACUAGAUUUAAAGAUAAAAGAACAAUCUGUAGAAAACUUAAUAAAAGGUAAGAAAAUAUAUGAACCACCCAGAUUUAUGACAGCUUCUUGUGCAGCACAACAGUUACUAGAAAUUAUUGAAAAUCGCAGAAAUAAAGGAGAUGGUGAUAUAGCUUUUACAGAAAAUACUAUUUGUGUUGGUAUUGCAAGGUUAGGUUCAGAUGACCAAAGUAUAGUUGCCGCCUCAUUGAAAAGAAUGGCUUCUUUAGACUUGGGUCCUCCAUUGCAUUCAUUAAUAAUCUGUGGUGAUCUUCAUCCUGUUGAGAAAGAAAUGUUGCAAGUGUUUGCUGAUGCUAGUAGUGGAAUUGAAAUUUUUCAACCUGUUACUGAUGUAUAAUAAAGUAUUUUAUUAUUUUUUA